GCGUGCUUACCAGCAUGCUAGCAUCGGCUGAGUACAGUUCCUAUGGGACAGACCGGAAGGCACUUCGAGUUACUUGGCCUGCCAAAGGCAGCCAGCAGCGCUCGACCUACUGGCUGAGCGUUCCCUAUAAAUUCGGCAUCCCAGUCAUAAUCCUCUUCAUGGCCAACCACUGGUUCGUUUCCCAGGGCUUCUACUACGUCUUAAUGAUCCCGUAUGGCACGGAUGAUCAGCCCCUAUAUGGAAACAAGGUCAGCUCGGUCGGGGCCUCAGCCCUACCCGUGUUCAUUGCUGGCUUAGUUGGCUUUUUCCUGUUUCUAUUCCUGCUGUGUUUGGCAUUUCGCAGGCUUAAGUCAAUUAUACCACUAGCGGGCUCUUGUAGUGCUGCUAUCAGUGCCGCCUGCCAUCCGCCUGAGGACGUUUGUACUGCCACUGCAGCCCACGGGGAGUUGUUCUGGGGGGAGACUAGCCUACCAUCAGAUUGGGCUAACGAUGAGAGUGACGGAUGUGAUUUUCCAAGAGGGCAUUGCAGCUUUACUCCACUAGAUGCACGGUUGCCUUCCUUGGACAAGUUGUAUGCUUAGAUUUGAUAUUUCUUUUCUAGCUACUGUAGUGCGGUGACCCCUCCUCAC